CUCUUUUCUUCUUCACGAGAUCCAACUUCACAUACCCACUUGUAAAAGUGUAAGAUUUUCCUUUUCCCCUCUUUUUCCUCUUUGGUUUCUGCAAUUUCCUCUCUUUUUUCUCUCUCUCUCUCCUCAGUCUAUUCUAAGAGGAGGAAUUGGAAGAUGGCAUCGAGUUCCUCGAAUUCGCCCUGUGCAGCUUGCAAAUUUCUCCGGCGGAAAUGCCAACUGGAAUGUGUUUUUGCGCCGUAUUUUCCGCCGGAUCAGCCACAAAAAUUCGCGAAUGUUCAUAAGGUAUUCGGAGCCAGUAAUGUAACAAAACUUCUCAAUGAAUUGCAUCCUCACCAGAGAGAAGACGCUGUCAAUUCGCUCGCCUAUGAAGCCGAUAUGCGCCUUCGUGACCCCGUCUAUGGCUGCGUUGGCGUAAUUUCUCUGCUUCAACACCAACUCUGUAAACUCCAAAUGGAUCUCACCUGCGCCAAAUCCGAACUAUCUAAAUAUCAAAACCUAGGCAUCGGAAACCACGCCGCUCUGAUUUCGCCGCCUUCCGCAGUUUCCACCGUCGCUCAUGGACAGCGGAACCACCAGCCGGCGUUCAAUUUUGCUCGAGAUCAACCGCAUAGCCUCUAUCACGAUCAAUUUUUCCCUCGAGAUCAACAACAACAGCAGAUGAUGCUCCGACGGAGCUUCGACGGCGGAAGCAACUACGACGGACUUUUGUCCGUCAACGUCACCGCCAGUAUUGGCAACCUCAGCCACCAGUUCCAGCAAUCUCGUGCCGCCGCCGGAGACGAUCGUCGCGGUACUCUCGAUCAUUCUUAGGGUUUCGUUUCGUUUCUUUUCUUUUUCUUUUCUUUUUUUUUUUUUCCUGAAAAAUCAUAAACUAUUGCAGAGAAAUCAUAUACAGCUAAUUAUCCUGCUAAUUU